GGCCAAUAAAAAUAUUAUCAUCAUCUCCAUUACAGGCAGGCUUUAAUCUCCCAAGAAUCUACCCUUUUCAGCCCCCACUCUGCUCCCAAUUUCUCCCUUCACUCCAAAAGAAACCUCCUCUAAUGAAAACCCCCUUCACCUUCUUCUUCAUUCCUCUGCAAACCCAAAUCUAGAACACCCAGAAACGCCCCACAUUCAUCAAUGGCGGCCCCCAUUUCCUUCAUUUUCAUCUCCCUUUUCAUUUUCCUCUCGAACCCAGUUCGGAUUCUGGGCAACGAUGAGCUCAAGGCGUUACUGGAUUUGAAGGCGGCUUUAGACCCUGAAAAUCAGUAUCUAUCUUCGUGGAGCGCUGAUGGAUACCCAUGUGCCUCUUUUGAGGGGAUUGGGUGUAAUGAGAAGGGGCAAGUUACUAAUAUGUCGCUGCAGGGGAAAGGGCUUAGUGGGAAGCUCUCCCCUGCCAUUGCUGGGCUUAAGCACUUGACUGGGCUUUAUUUGCAUUAUAACUCAUUGUUUGGGGAUGUUCCUAAAGAGAUUGCUAACUUGACUCUGCUCUCUGAUUUGUAUUUGAAUGUUAAUAACUUUUCUGGGGAGAUUCCGCCUGAGAUUGGGAACAUGGCGAGCUUACAAGUAUUGCAGCUAUGUUAUAAUCAGCUGAGUGGGAGCAUACCAACGCAGCUUGCAUCUUUGAAGAAGCUCACUGUUCUUGCUCUCCAAUCCAAUCAGUUAACUGGUGCAAUCCCUGCAAGCUUGGGACGUUUGGCCUUGUUAGUGAGAGUAGACUUGAGCUCCAAUCAUCUCUUUGGCUCUGUUCCUUCAAGGCUUGCGGAUGCGCCGUCGCUUGAAGUUCUCGACAUUCGAAACAAUACGCUCUCUGGCAAUGUACCUCCUGCUCUGAAGAGGUUGAAUGAAGGAUUCUUGUUUGAGAACAACUUGGGAUUAUGUGGAGUUGGGUUUCCUUCCUUGAAAGAUUGUUCCGGCUCGAGUCGUGUUACUCAAACCCAACCUGAACCUUAUGCUGGAUCAACUGGGACAAUGCCCACACGAGACAUACCCGAAACUGCUAAUGUUCAGUUGCCUUGCAACCAUACUCGUUGCCCGAGUUCAUCGAGUUCCUCCAAAUCUCGAAACGCUUCAAUUGUUGGUGUAGUUAUUGUAACCAUAGCACUUUCAGGUAUUGGGAUCUUAAUGUUCACACAAUAUCGUCGUCGAAAACAGAAGCUUGGAUCUUCGUUCGACAUUUGUGAUCACCGUCUCAGCACGGAUCAAACCAAAACAACUUACAGAAAGAAUGGAUCUCCUCUUGUCAGCCUCGAGUAUGCCAAUGGCUGGGAUCCAUUAGCAGACGGUCGAGGCUUGAGCGUUUUCGGGCAAGAAGUGCUCCAAAAUUUCAGGUUCAAUUUAGAAGAGGUGGAGACAGCCACUCAGUACUUCUCAGAGGUGAAUUUGUUGGGGAAGAGCAACUUCUCAGCUACAUAUAAAGGGAUUUUGAGGGAUGGAUCAGUUGUUGCUGUUAAGAGCAUUUGUAAAACAAGCUGCAAGUCAGAGGAAGCUGAGUUCUUGAAAGGAUUGAACCUUUUAACUUCAUUAAGGCAUGAAAAUUUGGCUAGACUUAGAGGAUUUUGCUGCUCUAGAGGCAGGGGAGAGUGCUUUCUUAUCUAUGAUUUUGUUCCUAAUGGGAACUUGUUGAGAUAUCUUGAUAUCAAGGAUGGUGAUGGCCAAGUUCUUGAUUGGUCUACUAGAGUAUCCAUUAUAAGGGGCAUUGCCAAAGGUGUAGCAUAUCUGCACAAGAACGAAGCAAACAAGCCAGCUCUUGUACACCAAAACAUCUCCGCUGAGAAGGUCCAUAUCGACCAGAGAUUCAAUCCGCUACUCUCGGAUUCCGGUUUACAGAAGCUGCUUACAAAUGACAUCGUCUUCUCCGAGCUCAAAGCCACAGCAGCUCGAGGCUAUCUAGCUCCAGAGUACACCACAACAGGUCGGUUCACAGAGAAAAGCGACGUAUACGCAUUUGGGGUGCUAGUGUUCCAAAUCCUCUCAGGGACUAGGAAGAUCACCAGCUCAUUGCGUGGUGCUGCUGAAGCAUACCGCUUUGUAGAGCUUCUCGACUCGAAGCUCCAUGGUCGAUACUUCGAAUACGAAGCAGCGAAGCUAUGUAGAAUUGCGUUGCUUUGCACGCACGAAUCACAGAGCGAGAGGCCGUCGAUGGAAGCCGUUGUUCAGGAGCUCGUGACCUGCAGCAGCUGCUUAUGAUAGGAUAUAUAGAAUUGGAAGGAGAUUUUUGGAGCUGUGAAUGAAUGGCUGGCUAACUUGUUGUUGCUCUAACUAUUUUUUUUUUUUAAUCUGAUUUGGUGAAUAGUUAAUGUAUUAUGAACUCUUUCAAAUGUCACUUUCCUUAGGACACUGAACUUUGGCUGUCACAACAGCUGCCU